AUGGCUCCAGCUACAGUGGCUGCGCCCGCUCCAAAGUACACCACUACAGGCACCGUUUCCUCUCCACUUGAUCUUGAAUCUUUCGCUUCAGCCAAGGGGGAGCAUGAGACCGUGAGGUUGACUAGCGCAAAGGGCUCUCAGAUACGCCCAAAGCCCAAAGUGACAUUGACAAGUUUGACCGUGAACAACUCUGGUACGCUUCGGAAGUUAAACUCAGUCGUCAUUCCUAUCGUUUACUCGGACAAGUUUUACAAGGACGUCUUGGAUCCGUCACUGGAUGACAUCAACAAGAUAGUCUAUUACGCGGAUAUCCCUGUCGGAGCCAUUUGUUGCCGAUUCGACAACCAAGCCUCCACGUCAAAGGAGAAACCCCCGACCUUGAUCAUCUUGACUCUUGCUGUCCUCGCCCCGUAUCGUAGCCAGUCGCUAGGCUCUGCGCUCUUGCUCUCCGCCCUGAAAGCCUCGCUUCAUCCUGCUCCACCUCCACCUCCGCUCAACGAUGCAAAAGCGGGUAACAAGGCUCCUGCACCAGUCACUUUGAAGCCUCGAAAGCCUGUCAAUCGGGCAAUGGCUCAUGUUCAGGUUGGCAAUGAAGACGCCAAGAGGUUUUACGAGAGACUGGGGUUCAAAGAAACGGAAGUGGUCAAAGAUUACUAUUCAAAGAUGCAGCCAAGGGAUGCUAUCCUGAUGGUGUGCGAGGACAUCAGGGCAGCGCUCGGGGAGCAGGCCAAUGGCGAUACCUAG